AUGAUUCGCAUCUCGUCCGCUGCUGCCUCGAUCACGCGCGCCACGCUCGGCGCCCGCGCCUUCUCACGCGGUGUCGCCUCGCGCGUCCAGGUCCUUGACACGGACAGCCAGUACACGGACUUGAUCGCCAAGCCGUCCAAGAGUGUCGUCUACUUUACGGCGGCGUGGUGCGGCCCGUGCAAGAUGAUCUCGCCCAUUUACGCCCAGCUCAGCAACGAAUUCCCGGACGUCGAGUUUGCCAAGGUCGAUGUCGACGAGCUCGACGAGACGGCCGCUAAGGCCGGUGUCCGCGCCAUGCCCACGUUCCACUUUUACGCCAACGGCAAGCUCCAGCAGCCUCUUGGCUUUGCCGGCGCCGACCCGAAGCAGCUCCUCGCCAACGUCCAGAAGCUCGUCGCCUUGUAA